ACAUUUUGACCACCCUGUAUGUAGGCCGUAGAAACCAGACACAUAUGUAUGUAAAUCAUCCCAAUUCAUCCUGCACAUUCUCAACCAUUCUUAAUAUAAUGUCCAGUAAAAAUCUUCGAAUCUCUCAUUUCCAAGUAUUGUGUGUGAUUAAUCGUCUUAAUCACUCAAUGGAUUUUAUGUUUAUGGAUUGGAUGUGUACGGAUGAAUAAGCACUUAAAAUUAAACUUUCGUGGAAACUGUAUCAUAAGGAGACUAAUUUUUGACCCGAUACGAUGACCCCCCACCAAAUCUCAUCUUCCGACUAAAAGUACAUACGUCUCGCAUCUCUCUCUAUUUCUCCAAUUGCUUAAAUAGCGACUCCAAACUGGACCCCGCAUCGUUUCCACGGCAGCAACAGCCAUGGCAAAUUUUCUCAAAUUUCUGUCCCUCCUAGGACUACUCCUGUCCUUGGCCCUCCGCGAUGUAAAUUCUGCUUACACAUCGGACGAUGGAUCUUCCCCAUAUUGGUCACCUAGCAGUCCCUCCGAUUCUGGGGGUGACCCUUACCCUCCCCGAAAUGCGGCUCGACCCCCGAAAAACGAGUACCACGCAAUUCCCCUUUCCCCACGACGAGACGCAAACGGUCGCAUCAUCUCUUCCCGUUCAGACGUAUCUUACGUCGGUCUGUAUCAAGGCAGUGGCACAGGGACUAGCGGUUAUCGGGGUGACCUACCCGGCAGAAGGGGUGGAGACGUGAUCGGUCACGCAACCCCGGCUCGAUUCGGCGGUUCUGGAACCGAUCCGGUAAACACUUUCGCACAAAACGGCCGAGUAAAUAACGGCGAUUGGAAAAGACAAGAAAACACCCUGCACCGACAAGUCUCCCAAAUGGAUGAAAAUCAGCGCAGGUUUACUUUGACGCAUAAACGUCAGUAUGGCUCAGAUUCGGAGAAUGAGCGACCAACUCGUACCAGAAUAAAGGCUGAGAGUCCUGGAGGUACGAAAUUCUAUCAAUCUCCCUGGGUCGAUAAUCCGGUUGAGAGUCCACCGAGGAGCAGGUCGUUGUCACCGGGGGCGUCGUCGUCGAGUGGAACUGGUGGACGAGGCCGGGCGACGUCGGUGGGGUCAAUUUUCUCCUCUUCAAGGGGAUCAGGAAGUGGAAGAAGGGGGCGGGGUUAAUAAUUUAUAUAUCGACAAGCAGAGACAAAUUAACAUAUUUAUAAUUUCAAAUUUAAGCAUAGACAACUUUGUCACCUUUCCUAUAAGGAGAUGUGCAUAAAUUAUGUCAC